CUCGGGCGUAGCGACGCAUGCGCGGGGGCGUGGCCUCGGACUCCUCGGCUCAGGUCCACCCUCUGCGCCUGCGCAGGACUGGCCGAGGCGCCGGCGGAGUACGUGAGGUGGUGUCGCCGGGCGGAAACGUCAUGGGUCGCGCGCCGGACACGCACGUACCCACGCACGCCCAGGGGAAGCGCCGAGUUCCGGGCGCUCAGGGUCGGCCCCGAGCAGGGGGAAGGGAAGCGCUCUCCGUGUCGGGGCGGGCGGAGGGGCGUGAGGAAAGUCCUACGGUGGCCGCAGAGGGACGUUUCUACGGCUCCCACGCUGGGCCAAACGCCGCCGGGCGCCGGGCGCGGGAGCCCCUGGCCCUUCGGGGCAGCCCCGAGCGGGGACGCUUGAGGGUCCGGGCCGCGCCGUCGGCACCAUGCGGCCGCCCUGCUCCCGGAGCCCCGAGGGACAGGCGGCCGCGCGGCUCGGGACGCCGGCGCGGAGAGGGCACCCGGUGAGCGGGCGGGGGUGCCCGGGCGGGGCGCAGGCGGCUCCCGGGGGCGCUGCGCGUCGGCCCUGCCUGCCUCCAGGAUCCGGGGCCUGGCAGCCCCCAGAGGCGGGCGCCCGGACUCCGACCUGGAAGCCCGUGGCGCAGACGGGUUGCUUGCGCCCAAGUGAUGGGAGGAUGGCGAGCGGCCCGCCCCCAGCCGCGACCCCGAACCGUGAAGGGAGCACUAACGCCGGAAAGUCAUUGGCUGCUGUCAGACCGGGUCUGGCCGAAGCCUGUGGGGAGGGCUGGGCCUGCGGGUAGGGGAGGGUGGACGUGCCCGGCUUCCGGCUCUUCCGCCUCUGGCCAGAGCAGCACGUGGGCGGCCCUUUGCCCUGACCCGUGGCGGAAAGGAAGCUAGCAGGAGCCCCUGUGCAGGCCUCCGGGCUGAAGGCCUUGUGGUGGAGGCAGAUGCCCUGGACAGUGCCUCCCCGAGCCCGUAACCAACUUCGCUGCUAGGUUUUUACGCAUCGGUUCUGUACUUGCCGUUCUGUGUUUCUCUCUCCACGAUUUCGGCACGCCAUAAAUGGCGGUUCCUAGGCCAAACCAGGGAGCCACUUGCUAUUUCUCCUUUCCUGGGGUGGCCCAGUCCAUUGGGCUCCAUGCCCUGUGAUGACACCACUGGCCGUGGGCAGUCACCCUUUCUGCCAGGCACAGGCAGCCCCUGCCCUGUUAUGCCUGCUUCCUACAGCACCCCUGGGAGUCCAGCACUGUCCACGUCCCGGUUCUGCAGAGCAGGGAGGGUUUCCGGGGUGAGGUGACCUGCCCGAGGUCCCUCCAGGUAAAGGACAGCACGAGGGUUCGGGCUCCGCAGGGGAGCCCAGAGCCCUGUACCUGCUGCCGGGUUCCCAGCACUUGGCCUGUCAAGUUGCUCAAGAGAAUGGCUGUCUGCCCUGUGGGCACCCUCUCCCUCCACCAGUCCUGUGGUGGCUGCCACUCAGGGACUGAUUCG